AUGUACGUAGCAUCAAGACCUCUCAUGGUUUCCAGGUCGCACCGCCUGAGCAGUGCCCACCUAUCGCUCGCUUACGAUAAGAACGCGGAAAUGAUGCCCAGGCGAGAAGUCUGCACGAAAGAUUCGGAAGUCCAGCUCCUGAAUGGAAGUCUGGAGUUCCAGCCCAGACGUAUUGCACUGACUCCUGACAUGCUGGCCAUCGCAUGGGAGAAUGGCGACCAAAUAGUGGACUAUAUUCCUUUGCAUGACAUCGUUGGUGUGCAACGUGCUUCCAUCGAGGACUGGGCAAAGCCAGAGGAGAGGGCUGAAGUCGAGUACUUUGACACCAACGCAAAGGUGCUGAGACGACAAGCAAAGCUGGUGGUCGAGUCCGGGCGUCCCCUGAGAGAGUUCAAAGUAAGCACAGCCAAGGACGGGUACAACUCGGGCCAUACCUACAUCUUCCAGACUCGCUCAGAGUCCGAGUGUCAAGAUUGGAUCUCCACUAUCACAGAAUUAGCCGAGGUCGCAUUGAAGAGAUGGAAAAAGAAGCACAGGAUCAAGAGGCUGCAGAAUCGCCUUUCUCUCUUCUACAACUCCAAACGGAUGCAAGUUGUUGUGGCUAUUAUGAUAGCUUUGAACUUCGCUUCCACCGCUACCCUGUUGCAGAUGAGGCCUGAGUUGAACGAAGAGCCAUACGAUCCACAAGUGUUGCAGUGGCUAGAACAGAUCGAUCAAAUCUUCACGAUUCUUUUCACCUUAGAGCUCCUUUUGAACAUAUCUGCGCAUUGGUUCAAGAGCUUCGUAAGCAAUGGCUGGAACUUGUUCGAUGCUUUCAUCAUCACCAUCUCUCUUGUAAGCUUGGGCCCCAUACAGCUCCCGUUCUUCAAAGCUUUUCGUAUCAUGAGAGCAUUCAGAAUUCUUCGACUCUUUGGAAAGCUUCAAUCUCUCAGGUUACUCACAAACGCAUUGACCGCUUCUCUUAUUCCUGUCGCAAAUGCUAUGCUGGUAAGAAUUUGCGUUUCCACUGGCAGAAAUCUAACAAGCGACCAGAUUGCAGUGUUCGUGACGUCCAUUUUCGCGGUCCUUGGCGUCAACUUUUUUUCAGAAAAAGAUCCAGAGAAUUGGAAAACGUUUCUAAAAGCAAUGUUUGCACUCUUCCAAGCAGCGACGCUAGACAACUGGGCCGAGAAAGCACGAAAACUGUUCCGAGCAGACGGCACUAUCGAGCCAGGGCCUGCACUGUUCUUCGUCUUCUUCCUUAUCAUUGUUGCUUUCACCCUCGUGCCGGUGGUAGUCGCAGUGCUGAUCGACAAUUUCACAUCAGCCGUCCGCACUGAAAGAGAAUCUCUGAUGUCAGAAAAGCUGUCACGCUUGACUGCAGGUGUUGAGGCACAUUCGCUAGACCCCCUGCUGCGGACCCUCAUGAAUUCGCAAUCACAAGCAGACUUCAAGAAGCGAAUUCAGAACAUUUUCAAGAAGCUGGAUAUUGACAAUUCGGGAGGACUCACACAUCAGGAGGUAUACGAAGGCUUGCGAAAGAUGAAUUUCAUCCCACCCAUCAAGAUUUCGAAUGAAGAAUUUCGUUCCCUCACGCAAGAUAAGAAGAUGUGCAACGAGAAGGGAGAGCUAGACCUCCCAGCCUUCGAGAAAGUCAUGAUCCUCCAAAUGAAGCUGUUCGCCGAGCGUCAACUUGGUCAGAUGACAGUGACUGCUGAUGAUCACACCGCCAUCAUGAUGCUGGGAAUCAAAAGUUUAUUAUUUGCACAGCGUGACGAUUCUGCGGAGGAAAAGGUCGAAACGAAGGCCAAAGAUUCGAAUUUCAAGAGGCUCGAGUCAUCUGAAAGGAGGUCACCGAUUUGCAAAGCCAUCGAACCAAAGCGUGAUCAUUACAACUCUCCUGCUAAUCGAAACAACAUGAUAGAGUUCUUGGACAACUGCUCCAACCUUGUCUACCAGUGCUUUCACGAGCUGGAGUCCAGCAGCGGCAGCUCAGACCAUCAUGCUCUGUCUCUGCAUCUCCGAGCGUUGGAAUCCAUGAUCAAGGCGCAGAAGAGGAUGGUCUCAAGGAUGAAUACACCCACAGAGCUGCAGGAAGAGAGGAUCGUACCGCUCACUGCCAGGACUGCUUCCUCCAAUCCUUGGCCCUUCACACCAAGGAGACUGAGAGACAAGAGCUUGAGCCUCGAGACGGGGGUUGUUCGGACGUUCCGAGAGAACUUCCGCAGCAGGAGCAAUCUCGACGUGCCCCUGGCAUCUGCUCGCAGCGAGUUCAGACAUGUGGCUGAACAAGCUGCGACUGAUAGUGGGGAGGAAGUGCGAUCUGCGCGCAUGUCGAGGAGAAGUGCGAGCCUGGGGUCGAUCGAUCGCUCCAAGAAGCCGCAGCAAGGUGCCGAGGUGCUGCACCCGCAGGACCUGUUCGACUCCGAUGUGUUGCGCGGGGAGCAAGAGUAUGGCAAUGCUCACCAGAGACCUCACGAGGAUGAGGAACCUGAGGGUCGAGCGCGUGCUCAGGACUUGCCAAGGCAAGCUGUGCAUGAAGUUGCCGACGACCAUGCAGAAACCUCCGAGCCUCGGCGCCACCAUAGCGAGAAGCAUCAGCACAGCGGCAACGGCAACGAUGUUCGUCCGUCGUCAAACGCAAAGGAUGGCAGGCAUUCUCGCUCUCCCAACUCUCGUCGAGCAAAGCCAGUGGAGGGCGCACACCCGCACCACUCUCGGAUCUCGCUGGAUGGGGAGAGAAGGGAGCCGCACAAGUUGAACGGGCAGCUGCAGGCCUGGCGAGAUCGUCUCGGGCUCGUGGACAUCCAAGAAAAAGAGUCAAAAGAGACCAAGAUGAAUCACCACAGGGAGAGAAAGAGCGUCGAGAGAGCACUAAACGACAGGCGUGCAGCAAGAUUAGGAAGCAACGACAUAGUUUACGUGGACGGCAAUGGAGCCGUACCUUAG